AUUUCUUGUAUACAAAAUUAAAUAAUUCAUCCCUUGUGAGAUUUUUGCGUAAGUUUUUCAAGUAAAAUUGUGGGAAAUAUAAAUUAAUUUAUAAUUACCAGGCGCGGUAUAUUAAUUAAUAUUAUUUCUAAGGUUUUGAGCGCUAAAAUAAAAUGGACGUUCUGUCAAGACCAGCAGAAGAGUUUGGAAACGAUGAGACCCUGGAGCACUUAUGGGCCGCUAAGGCUAUGGAGCACAGCGAUAUUUACUUUAAUGUGCUAUGUUCAGUGGAUACAAGGUGGCUACGACUGACUCCUCACGACGACCUUAUCUACACACAUUUUCGGCAAGACUUCCCAGAUCUCAACGUCUCAUACAUCAAAGAGCAUGAAAUAAAAAACAACAUUAACAAAGCUAAAUGGAGAGUCUUCUGUGAGAAAUUCAAGAAUAUCGUCGAGGACUACAGCUUCGGCACUCUAAUGAGAGCAGACACCAAAGGAGACUAUUCAGAAGAAAAUACAAUGCUCGUUCCAAGAGUGCAGUUUUAUGCAAUAGAAAUAGCCAGAAACAGAGAGGGUUUAAACAAUGAAGUGAAGAAACGAUACAAAUGCGCUUCCAAGGCCAACAUGGAAGCUCAGAAACACAAAGCGGAAGUCACCGUUUAAACAUAGCCAGUAAUCAAUACCUAAGCCGUGCCAGGUUGAUUGUGGGUGGAAAGGAAAAGGCUAUAUUGGCUCUGGUCUAUUUUGCCAUAAACAUGGACCCAAUGUAUGAAGCCAAUAGCUCAUUUUUCUACUUUUAAACAAUCUAUUUAUAAGUUUAGGAUAGGGUUUUUACUCUGAUUAAAUAUAAACUUAUAAAGAUCCGUUUUAACCAAAGCAGGGUAGGGUAGACACAGUAACAGAUAAAACAAUUCCUGGUAGACAAAGAGGAUAGAAAUACUAUCAAUAGUUUAUCGACACAUCUUUCCAGUCCAUCAUCUCUGCUUUGGUAAGGAAUUGAAAUUCUGUAUUACAUUGGACCUAUACUAUAUCAUUCAUUCAUUCAUUGUUUUCAGCGAGAAUACGAAGUUUUAUUUUACUUUCCUCUUACAUCAGCAAACACUUGGAAUGAAAGUGGUUAGCUAUAGUGUAAUACAGUUUUUUCCACAUUGUAGAUGGUUGAUUAUGUCCGUAAUUACAUUAGGGUUGAACUACACUUGGCCACACCACACUUUCUUCUAUUCUUUUCUAUCCUUCAGAACCGUCAUUUGCUAGAACGAGAUAAUGCGACCACAAGCGGCAGAAUCGACGAUCGAUUUCGAUUCCACAGUGUAACCAGUACUUGGACCCUAAAUAUCUUCAAAAAAGGAUUUCAUGAAAAUGAAUGAGGUGCUCAAUUACAUACUCAUACAUUUUUUUACCUAAAUAUACAUAUUAAUACCUACA